AUGUCGGCCUGUCAAGCGGCGUUGGCCCCUGAGGCCGGGGUGAUCCUGCCCAAGAGCAAGAUCAGCGAGGAUCUUCUGAACAUCCUGGUGCACGACGCCGCGGGAGCGUCCGUGAUAGGCCUCCCUCUUCCCGGCGCGACUGAAGAAGCCGCGACUGAAGAGAAGACGGAAGAUGCGGCUCUGGCGCAGCAAGCUGAAGCCCUCUCCGGCUUUCCCCGUCGCUAUGCCACUGUUGAAGAAGUCGACGAAGCCAUCUGCAACAACCGCAGACGGUUCCUGACGGCGCUCUCUGUCGGCAUCCUGACGGAGCUCUUCCUGUUCUCCAUGACCAUCUCUCCGUUCCACACGGGAGGCGUUGCCCGUGCGCUUGCCCAGACGUUGACGAACGUCAGCAGCCUCUGGAAGCUCACCAUUGUUGUCCGCGGCUUCUACGUCGCUACCCUCUUUGCGUUCUCGUCCAAGGCCUACUUCGCGAAGGUCGCCGCCAGCAGCGACUGGCGCUCCGUCUUCAACGUCGCCCUCGCUGGAAUGCUGCUUGAGCUCGUCUUCACCCUUCUCGUCAAGUAA